UGACGGUGGACGGAAUGCAUCCAAAAUUCAUUUCUCAUUUAAGAAAAUGGAUCAGAGCUUCUUUCGACAUGAAAAGUUUUUCUUUAAUGACACUGCUUUUCUUCUUUUUCUUAUGAGCUUUUUAGUUGUAUUUUUAUUUUUUUUUCUAUUUUACAAGUUGUUUUUCAAGUCGUUAUUGACUCAAGUUUGGGAAGGAAAACCAAGGCAGCUUACAAAGUCCAUAGAUAUUGCAACGUGUAACUGUACUAUUUGCAGUAACAAGCCAGUCAAUUUAGAAAACAAAAGUGCCAAUUCUGGCUGGUUGAAGUAUUUAGUUGUUCUUGGUUUAUUGUUAGUUUGUAGUUUUUUGGGUUAUCUUGUUUGGUCGAUUCCGAAAGAACGUCUAGUUACCGAGUCUGUUUGGAAUCCCUUUGACAUUCUUGGAGUUACAGAGAAAGCAGACGAGAAGGAAAUUGCCAGAGCGUUCAGGAAACUAUCUUUGCGAUAUCAUCCAGACAAGAAUCCUGACGAUCCUUUGACGGUUUCAAAGUUUAUAGAUAUUCAAAGGGCAUAUGAGACUUUGACGAAUGUCAAGUCUCGAGAGAAUUUCAUAAAAUUUGGGAAUCCGGAUGGCUUUCAAGGAGUUACAUAUGGAAUUGGCCUUCCAAAAGCAUUGAAGAAAUAUGACAAACCAUUUUUAGUUAUCUAUCUCGUCGUAUUGGUAGUUGGAAUCCCCUUAGGUGUAGGCACUUGGUGGAAACGUUCGAGUCAAGUAUUAGAAAAUGGUGUAAAAAAGAAUUCAGUCAUCUUAUUUCGUCAAAUGCUUAUUCGAACGGGAACAUUUAAAGACCUUGUUGGUACUUACGCAAGUGCUUUUGAAUUCGAGCAUUUAGUUACUAAGAAAUUGUUUCCAUUCUGUGUGCAACUCAUGAAUGAAUUGAAAAAUCACGGUCACUCGGACUUUCGCAAGUUGAAGUUAUCUAGUUUACCUCAUAUGGUUUUCAAUCAAGUUAUUUUGCAAGCGUACAUUUGUAGAAUUCCUAUACCAGAAGAACUGAAGUCGGCUUUGGAACAAAUGAUUGCCAAAAUGGACCUUGUUAUUUCAGCCAUGAUUGACACUAAUGCCACUAUUUUGAGACGUGAAGUUGCUCAUCAUUGGCCCGUAGGAUUUGGAGGUGGUUUUGCCAGCAGAAUUCUUAGUGUUUUACAGGUUUCACAGUCUUUAUGUCAGCAACUGCAUCCAAGGGACUCGGAAUUGUUACAAGUACCUCUAUUCGACCAUCAACUAGUACAACGUUGUCGCUCGAAAGAGUUCAAAAUUCACAAUAUUCAAGAGUUGUGCCGUUUGCCGCAGUCGAAGUUGGAAAAUCUAUUGAGGGAUUGGGAAACAUCGCAAAUUACUAAAGUCAAAAUGUAUUUGGAUAGAUUUCCCAUUCUUCAUAAUAUGCAAGUGACAGAGCCAUUUAUAGAAGAUGAAGAGGAUUCUAGAGUUUUUGAAGGAGAUGUACUAACUAUCAAAGUAACUUUUCAAGUUCUGAGAUAUCAAGGUUCAUCAAAAGGCAGUGAAGAACGUGAGUUGACUAUGGGACCUGCUCCUUGUUUGUUUCACUGUCCAUUACGUAAGAAAGCAUUAUGGUGGGUUUUACUGAUAGAUAAUGACAGAGAUUUGCCUCUUUCGGUUAGAAAACUUGAUUUUUUGGAUAGAGAUGCCACUGGAACCUAUUUUUGUACAUUUCAUUUUCCAUCUCCUAGUGCUGGUACAUAUCAACUUGUUGUGAAAGUAAUAUGUGACUCUGUUUAUGGUUGUGAGUGUGAACGAAAAGUUUCAUUAAAGGUGAGAAGAAGGAACAUCACUUGCUCAGCUCCAAAUGGACAACAACAACAACAACAAGAAGAAGAAGAAGAAGAAGAAGAAAAUGAAGAUAGUGAUGGAGAAUCAGAUAUCUCUGAGACUUCAACAAGUUCAGAACAAGACAGCGAUGCGUCGUCAUCAUCUACAGAGUGAUACGAAAAUAGGUUUUUUCUUGUACUGAUAAGAAGAAAAUGGUAGCCUAAAAA